CCGUGGGGAAUGCCGAGGAGGGAGGCGGGAACCUGGGCUGGGAAAAGCGAGGAAGGAAGAAGGAACCUGGGCCAAGAAGGCCGGGGAGGAAGGCGAGAGUCUGGGCCCUACAGAGAGCGAGGAGGGAAGCGAGAACCUAAGUAAAAGAAGGAACCAGGAUCCAGGGCCGAGGAACGCCGAGGAGGGAAUAGGGAGCCCGGGCCGGGGAGCGCCGUAGAGGCAACUGGUAGUCCAGGCUGGACAGCGCUGAAAAGGGAACUGGAAGCCCGGGGCUGGUGUGAGGAUGGGGAGGGCAGGAAUUUUGUCUGUUUUUUUCUCCCCCGUAAGGAAACUCCAAGUCUAGGAGUGCGGCCUGGCACACACGGGCGUUCAGUUCGUGUAGCUUUUUGUGGCUGUCCUUGUGUAGUCUGGGCAUGUGUUACUCCGGGUGACGUUGUGGAACCGGUUGUUUGUGAAAGUGAUAAGGUCUCCGUGUGUGUCUAAUUUUUAAAAUAGGUAACGAGUCGAUUUGUGUUUGAGACUGCAUGCGACUUUGGAGAAACGACAGUAAAGGGUUUGUGGGUAGUCUCUAGCUGGAAUGGAUUGGGAGCUGGAAAACAGGAGACAAGUCAGAAGUCAGGGACAAGAAAAGACUAACAUAAUUGGUACCGUUAUAAUUUAGUGUAAGUCAUCUCUUAACCUUCUGAGAGAACCCACUGCUGGGAACUUCCAGAUACACUUCCCUUCUCAUGGGUGCAGCCACUUCUCUAGCUGUCUCCUCAGUGUUUUCUCUGAGCAUGCAGUAGUCCACCUGCUCUGGUGGGUCUUGUUGUCUCUCCAGUGAGUCCUCUUGGACAAGAGGAUCCAAGUCAACCCAGGCAGGCUCCAUCCAUGGGUUGCCAUCUAGAGCUCAGGAACUGCCUCUUUUCCAAAGAGGAACCCAAAGGAAGACUGGUCACCUCUUGCAGAUCUCAAAACCAUGGCUCAGUCAUCAGUGUCUUUCAAAGAUGUGACUGUGGACUUCACUCGGGAGGAGUGGCAGCACCUGGAUCCUGCUCAGAAGACUCUCUACAUGGAUGUGAUGUUGGAAAACUAUUGCCAUCUCAUCUCUGUGGGGUGUCACAUGACCAAACCUGAUGUGAUCCUCAAGUUGGAACGAGGAGAAGAGCCAUGGACAUCAUUUACAGGUCAUGCCUGCUUAGAAGAAAAUUGGAAAGAGGAAGACUUUUUAGUGAAAUUCAAGGAACACCAAGAUAAGUUUUCUAGAUCAGUUGUAUUCAUCAACCACAAAAAACUGAUUAAGGAAAACAGUAAUGCGUAUGAAAAGACAUUUACUUUAAGCAAAAACCCUAUUAAUUCAAAAAAUCUACCUCCUCAAUAUGACACUCAUGGAAAGAUUUUGAAAAAUGUUUCAGAAUUAAUCAUCAGUAAUCUAAGUCCUGCAAGAAAAAGACUUAGUGAGUAUAAUGGAUAUGGGAAAUCACUCCUCAGUGGUAAAGUGGAGACAGCUCAACCUGGAGUCAAAUCCCAUAAUCAACGUGGCAGGGCUGUCAGUCAUAAUGAAGUACUUAUGCAGUAUCAUAAGGUGGAAACUCCAGCACAGUCAUUUGGAUAUAAUGACUGUGAGAAAGCCUUCCUUAAAAAGGGAGGCUUAAUUACACAUAAUAGAGCUCACAGAAGGGAAAACCCAUCUGAGUAUAAUAAAAGGAGAAGAGCAACCAAUACUGAAAAAAAACAUACAUGCACUGAAUGUGGGAAGUCCUUCUGCAGAAAAUCAGUAUUGAUUCUGCAUCAGGGAAUUCACACAGAGGAAAAACCCUAUCAGUGUCAUCAAUGUGGAAAUUCAUUUAGAAGGAAGUCCUAUCUCAUUGAUCAUCAGAGAACUCACACAGGAGAGAAACCCUUUGUUUGUAAUGAAUGUGGAAAGUCCUUCCGCCUAAAGACAGCCCUCACUGAUCAUCAGAGAACACAUACAGGGGAGAAAUCAUACGAAUGUCCACAGUGUAGGAAUGCCUUCAGAUUGAAGUCACACCUCAUUCGUCAUCAGAGAACUCAUACAGGAGAGAAACCAUAUGAGUGUAAUGACUGUGGGAAGUCCUUCCGCCAGAAGACAACACUCUCUUUACAUCAGAGAAUUCAUACAGGAGAGAAACCCUAUAUUUGUAAAGAAUGUGGGAAGUCCUUUCAUCAGAAGGCAAACCUUACUGUACAUCAGAGAACUCAUACAGGGGAAAAGCCCUAUAUUUGUAAUGAAUGUGGAAAAUCUUUCUCCCAGAAGACAACCCUUGCUCUUCAUGAGAAGACUCAUAAUGAGGAGAAACCCUAUAUUUGUAAUGAAUGUGGGAAGUCCUUCCGCCAGAAAACAACCCUUGUGGCACAUCAGAGAACACAUACAGGGGAAAAAUCCUAUGAAUGUCCUCACUGUGGGAAGGCCUUUAGGAUGAAGUCAUACCUCAUUGAUCAUCACAGAACUCACACAGGAGAGAAACCAUAUGAAUGUAAUGAAUGUGGGAAAUCCUUUAGUCAGAAGACAAAUCUGAAUCUACAUCAGAGAAUUCAUACAGGGGAGAAACCCUAUAUCUGUAAUGAAUGUGGGAAGUCCUUUCGCCAGAAAGCAACUCUAACUGUACAUCAGAAAAUACAUACAGGACAGAAAUCCUAUGAAUGCCCUCAGUGUGGGAAAGCCUUUAGCAGGAAGUCAUAUCUCAUUCAUCAUCAAAGAACUCAUACAGGAGAGAAACCAUAUAAAUGUAAUGAAUGUGGGAAGUGCUUCCGCCAGAAGACAAAUCUCAUCGUACAUCAGAGAACUCACACAGGGGAGAAACCCUAUAUUUGUAAUGAGUGUGGUAAGUCCUUCAGUUAUAAGAGAAACCUCAUUGUCCAUCAGAGAACUCACAAGGGAGAAAACAUAGAAAUGCAAUAAAUGAUGUGACUUCUUUGUAAACCCUUUCCAAGUUAUUGUAAAACUUUUUAAAAAAAAAGCAUGCUAAAACAUUUUAAUAAGGUAAUUUUAAUCACAAAUGUAAUAAUAGUUAAAGUACCAACUACAUAACUAUCUACUGUUUACUAGCAUAUAUAAUGGAUAUGAUCAUUGUUAUUGGACUCUAUCAGAAAUGAAGCUAAUUUUUAAGUUUUCAAGUUCUGUUGACUCAGUUUAUUUUUUAAAAAAGUUUUACAUAAUACAUGCAGAGGCAAGAUACAAAAUGGUCAUAAAAUCAGUUUUUAUAAAAGAAAAUAUGAAAUAUAUUUCUCCUUAUGCUCUGGAAUAAAAAAGUUACUUCCCCAAAGAUUACCAUGUACCUGGUUUAUAACGUCAUGAAGUAGUCUUUGCAUGUCUUUAAACUUUAUGUUUUAUCAUGUGUCAUGAAUUUUUUUGUGUCUUGUUUCACUCAACAUUUUUAAGAUUCACACAUUAUUGCAUGUGGCAGCAAUGUGUUCAUUUUCAUUCUCUUUACUCUUCCAUUUUAAAAUAUACCAUAUUUAUCCUCUUGAUGGAUAUUGGUAUUUUUUAUAAUUUUGUGUUAUAAUAAAAAUACUGCUAUAAAUGCUAUAAAUAUUCAUGUGUGUGUGUAUUUCUGU